AUGCAUGCUGAUACCUCUCAACGACGACAACCUUGCAAUGCUUCACCAGAUCGGCGGCGAUCGUCCAUGAAGAAACCAAACGAAUGUGCCAUUGUGGACCACGACACCACGACAACAACGACAACCAACACAAACACACGAACCACUAGAGUUAUAUUAGAAAGGUUGUUGAAUAUGGAGGAUCGUCAUCGUCUUCAUCAUCAUGCAACGACUCGUUCUGCACCAGGGUCGCCAUCACGACGCGAACGCGAUACCGACACCACCACUACUACUAUCGACCCCUUUACUAUAAUCUCAGCAUCAUCAUCUCCUCAGCAUUCUCAUCAUCAUCAUCGCUCUGACGACUUGUAUUCCCUUAUUGAUCCUCCUUUACUUCAUUCCCCUUCUGAAAUCCUUAUCAAAUCCAAACGCGGUCCUUCCUAUUACGCCUAUUCCCCAUCUCAAAUGGCCAAUCGAGAAAGAUGUUAUGAGAUCAUCACGACCACUACCCAUGACGACAUUUUCAAUGAUCGUGAGAGCCAGGAUCGUCAAUCCGAGGUGGAAAAUGAAGCCUUUUGGCUUGGAUUAUCUGAAGAUGAGAUCAUGAAGCGGAAGCAAUCCCACACUAUUCACAGCAACUGCAGCAGUACAACCACCACCAGCACAAGUCCUCGCCUUUCUACAUCUCCUUCCUCAUUAUCAGCAUUACCAGCCAUUCAAGAUAAACGUAUAUAUACCACCAGUGACAACGAUAGUAAUGAUGAUGAUCAAGAAGAAGACGAAGAGGAGGAGGAGGAUCCAAUUGAUGGCGUUGGCAGUAGUAGUAUUGGUCUCAUUGAUCUCGAUGAUUUGACUGACGACGAGCAAGUUAGCAACAAUGAAUUGGAUGACUUAGGCCCACUGGCAAAAUAUGCGCGUGAAAAUAGGCGUAAACGUAAAAUGGAAGAAAUGCUCUCAUCCCAAUAA